ACUACAAGCAUAAAAAUUUAGCGUAAGAUAACUACACUCUAAAAAAGGAGACCAACUCCUCAAAACUCACGAAUCUAUCGCCAAUAAAUGCUCUCCUCAUCUUCUCCACUUUGAACAUUUUCAUUUUCGACUCGCAUUUUCUCCGCCGUAGCCUUUUCCUUUUCCUUUUCCUUUUCCUUUACCUUUUCCUUUCUUCAUCACAAACCAACCAAUUAUUUCAGCUAUGUUGAGAUCUAUCGUCCGCAGAACCUCGACCACCGGUGCAUACCUCACGCGCCGGGGAUUCGCGUCGGAGUCCGCUCCUGACCGGAAAGUAGCUAUUUUAGGGGCAGCUGGUGGGAUCGGGCAGCCUCUAUCACUUCUUAUGAAGCUGAAUCCUUUAGUAUCACAACUCUCACUUUACGAUAUUGCCGGUACCCCUGGUGUUGCCGCUGAUGUCAGCCACAUCAACACCAGAUCUCAGGUUUCUGGGUUUGCAGGAGACGAACAGCUAGGACAGGCUUUGGAGGGAGCUGAUGUUGUCAUCAUUCCUGCUGGUGUGCCACGAAAGCCUGGUAUGACCCGUGAUGAUCUGUUCAACAUUAACGCUGGUAUUGUUAAAUCUCUUUGCACAGCCAUCGCAAAGUAUUGCCCUCAUGCGCUUGUCAAUAUGAUCAGCAACCCUGUUAACUCCACUGUCCCAAUUGCCGCUGAGGUGUUCAAGAAGGCUGGAACCUAUGAUGAAAAGAGACUCUUUGGAGUGACCACACUUGAUGUUGUUAGGGCAAAGACUUUCUAUGCAGGAAAAGCUAAAGUUAAUGUUGCUGACGUCAUUGUCCCCGUUGUUGGUGGUCAUGCUGGCAUAACCAUCCUCCCACUAUUUUCCCAAGCCACCCCAAAGGCAAAUUUGGGAGAUGAAGAAAUUGAGGCACUCACCAAGCGAACCCAAGAUGGUGGCACUGAAGUUGUGGAGGCCAAGGCUGGAAAGGGUUCAGCAACCCUCUCAAUGGCCUAUGCUGGGGCCAUCUUUGCUGAUGCUUGCUUGAAGGGGCUGAAUGGGGUUCCAGAUGUUGUAGAGUGUUCAUUCGUGCAGUCAACUGUGACAGACCUUCCUUUCUUUGCAUCCAAGGUGAGACUUGGGAAAAAUGGUGUGGAGGAAGUGCUAGGAUUGGGCCCACUUUCAGACUUCGAGAAACAAGGACUUGAAGCUCUUAAGCCAGAGCUGAAAUCCUCCAUUGAGAAGGGAAUCAAAUUCGCUAAUGACAAUUAAAAAAAGAAAAAUACUAGUUUUUCCAGUAACAAUUUUGGAUUCGUUGGAGUGAUUGGGUUAUCUUUUGCGAGUUCCUUGCAGCCUGAGGCAUUUGGUUUAGCUUUUAUCCAACAUAGUAGACGUUAGAUAUACACUAUUCUGCAAAUAAUCAGGCAAACUUCUGAUGAUGCUAUGUUCUAAAACGUUGAACCUACUACAUGCAUAAGAUUAUUGUUUUGUGAAUGGUUGGAGAGUUGAUGUGGGUGGUGAAAAAGGGCAAUGACCCAUGUACUGGUUUUACCCUGCUGUAUUCUACUAUUCUUCAGUGGGAAAUGAAGAGAUUAGCUAUAAUAACUUGCAACUAUCAAUAUUCA